UAAUAAUAAGUGACAGUCUGUGAUAGUCCUUCAAAACAAAAAAUCAUCUGCUUUAACAAUGACACUGUGGUGAUUUCCUAGAACGCAAAAAAAGUAAACAAAGAAUUUUUUUAUUAAAGACCAAAUAAUAUUUGUUCUUCUUUCGGAUUAUGCAUACGGUUGGAUUUAUUAAAUGUAUCACGGAAGAAUUAUUGCCAAGAAUGUUGUUGAUUAUUCGCUCUUUCGAUCGAAUUCAUGGAACGGAUUUUCACCGAAUUUAAAUACAAGAAGAUGGAUCUCAAGUGGGGAACUGUCAUCAGUGCUGAGACCCUUUUAUUUUGCUGUUCAUCCGGAUUUAUUUGGACAACAUCCUGAGCAAAGAAAAACAAAUGAAGAGUCGUUGAAACACUUGAGCGCAUACCUAGAAGCGUUACAAAAUCAACGGAUAUCGGCAACGUCACCAAAACACAUCAAUUUCUACGUACGAAAUCAAAACUCAAGAGAUUCAUUUAAACUAAUUCGAAUACCACUCGAACGUGAACUGAAUGCAAAGAAAUUUUUAAAGUAUAUAUUGGAGUCGUGUAGUUUAUCCACGGAAAAUGUGGAAAAAAUGAAAAUCAAAAAAGUAUCAUCAAGUGCCAAAUUCCAUUCGGAUCGCAAUGUGUACACGCGAGCGGAUGGUUCAAUUUAUGAAGAAUAUGAAGUAUACCGAACAACGGCACAAACUGCCAGACAAGAAAAGACUUUAAAAAAAUGGUUAGACUCAAAUGCAAAGACGGCCUCAGAGCGUGCCGAAUCGGUGCAAACAAUACGGGAGGAUGUUGAAAAACUCGAAAAAGAGCUUGUGUCGAACUUGAAACUGGUUGGAAUUGAAUACGAUUGUGCAUGGAAUUUCGAGCAUAUUCGUGGAUGCUUGAAAAGUUUGGAUCACCUGUCCAAAAUACAUCCAAAUGAGAUGAAAUUUUUACACGCACGUACGAUAUCAUUUGCAAGAGCAUCGGGUGUGAGUUUAGAAGGUCAUGUUAUGUUAUCCACUGAAGAUGUUCAGCAUAAUUGGCUUGAUUUCUUUAAAAAUAUUCCAAAGCAAGAUGAGUAUUUAAAGCAUAUUCCAGCUUAUGAGCAGGCGCUGAGUCAAGUUUUACGUGAAAUUAAAAUUUCUCGGCGAAAAUUCAUGCCCAAAGCACAAGUCGUUCAUUAUGCAGGCUAUUUGCGAAAGGUUACCACCUCAAUGUUAGACUAUUUGACACAAUAUUCACAUUAUCCAAAAUCAUGGCCAACCGAUCUAUCGAAUUUUGAGAUAGUCAUUGAAUCAGAAGCUGGACCAUUGUGUGUCUCACCAACGGGGCAAUUCAUUGCACCAUCCACUUGCCCGGGUACAAUUUUGGUCGAGUUUUUGUCAACACAUAUGAACGAAGCCGCUGAAAAGGCUGAAGCAUACAAGAAGAAUAAAUUCAUCGAACGAGAAUUACACGAACAAUGUAUUCAGAAAUUGGGACUGAUCUCAUUGAAAAAGGACGAUUCAGUUGAUCCGGAUCGUAUGAUUGAAUGCUUAACUCGGCUCAUUGAAUCCGAUAUCCAUUUGAAAGAUUGUAAUCUACACAUUACGCACUACUAUUCGGUGCUAUCGGACGGUACAAUGUGCAUACCAUGGGAUUGGGAAUUUGAAUAAUUGUAGAAAGCUUAAAAUUGUUUGAACUCUGUACAAAAUUAGGAUUUGCCAUUUUUUUAAAUUGUUCUGUUGUAAAUUUUGUGAAUAUUAUCAUAUGUACAUUUUAACCAUUCAGUUAAUUGCUUUUAAUUUUAAAUAAUAGAUUAACAAUAAUUCAUUUAUAAGAAAUUAUCAAUUGAUAGUUGUUUUAAACAACAAACACAAAUAUAUUCAUUUAAAGAAAAAAUA